AUGCUGCCUGGUUCAUCGGUCCAUUUUUCUGAGUUUAAGGAUCAACGAGAACGCAAACCGAAAUGUGCUCGAUGCAGGAAUCAUGGUCUUGUUUCAUGGCUUAAGGGCCAUAAGAAAUAUUGCGCAUUCAAAAACUGUAUUUGUGAGAAAUGCAAUUUGAUUGCGGAACGCCAAAGAGUGAUGGCUGCACAAGUAGCACUGAAACGGAAACAGGCAGCUGAAGAUGCCAUAGUUCUGGGACUUCGAGUCGUGUCAGGCGAAUGCACAUCUAUGGAUCUACCACAAGGUCCACUAUGGCCCUUUCAACAAGUUCCUGCACAAGAAGAAUACCAUGAAAAAAAUUUGACAACAAUGAUUAAAAGUCCUCCUCCUUUGCCUGAAUCAACUACAACUGAAAUGAAUACCACUGACCAAUCGGAGCGGCGACAUCUUGAAAAAUUAUCUUCUCUAGAGCUAUUGCAUGUUCUGUUCGCAGAUCAAGAAAAACGAGUGCUGGAGCUUGUACUUGAGGGAUGUAAUGGUGAAGUAUUAAGAGCAAUUGAAUAUCUUGUAUGUUUACGAAAAUCCACGGAAGUUAAAACUUCUCGUUAUGAUUUUUCUAUGAAUAAUCUUUUAUCUGAGAAGAAAAACUCAAAUUUUCUUUUUUGGAUAGUCUUUGAGUGUAUGAAUUUUGCUUUUAGCAGUUGA